GCCGCGACUUCAUAUUUCGCAGACAGAGGUUGUUGCAUUUUCUGCAUUUCUCUGACUCUCCCUCCGGCCCCCCAGCCCGCCUCCCCCAACCCCGCGUCGCAACCCGGGGCGUUGACGCAGCUGCUGCUCUUUCUCUCUCUCGAACGACAACACAGACGCGCGCGCGCGCGCAGUAGCAGGUAAAAAAAGGAUGGGUGCUGUUUUCUCCUCGCUACCAGGGACGCUGCUGCUCGGGGCGCUCCUGGCCGGACUGUACAGGCUGUACCGUGCGGCCCUCCCGAAGCCGCUGCCCAACAUCUCGUACAACCGGGAUGCCGCCAACAAGCUCUUCGGAGAUGUCCCCGAGAUGAUGGCCUACGUCAUGCGCACCAAGCGCAUCUUUUGCUGGUUGACGUCUUUGACGAUGCGGCACCAGAGCCCCAUCAUCCAGGCCUUCAUCAAGCCCAUGGCGCUGCCGUGGGUGGUGGUGACGGACCCGUUCGAGAGCCAGGACAUACUGCUGCGGCGGACCAAGGAGUUUGACCGCAGCGGCUUCUUUGGCGACCUGAUCGGCGGCAUCCUGCCGGAACAGCACAUCCAGUUCGUGUCCAGCGACGCCCGGUUCAAGAACAACCGCAACCUCAUCAACCACCUGAUGGCGCCCACCUUCAUCACCGAGAUCAGCGGGCCGCAGCUCUACAAGGUCGCCCUGACCAUGAUCCGCCUGUGGGAGCUCAAGUGCAGCCUGGCCAAGGGCCACCCCUUCCACGCGCACCACGACAUCACCUACAUGGCCCUCGACACCAUCUUCGCCGGCAUGUUCGGCCAUCCGGAGACAGAAAGCGUCACGCUCGGCCGCCUGGAUGAGGUGUCGGGCUGGGAGGCGACGCGCGAACAGCGGCUGCCCGCGAGCGAGGACGAGCCCGUCGUGUUCCCGGAGCCGGAGCUGCCCGCCAUCUUCGCGGCCGCGCUGACGCUGGCCAACUCGGUCACGGACACGCAGCUGUCGCCCGCGCCGCGGCUGACCUCGUGGGUGCUGCGGCAGUUCCCCUUCAUGAAGAGGGCCACCGCGAUCAAGGAUCAGUACAUCCGCGACCGGGUGGACGAGGCGGUGGAGCUCAUCGAGCAGGACGCUAGCGCGCCGCCGCGCACCGCCCUGCACUCGGUUCUUCUGCGCGAGCGCGACGUGGCGGCCAAGGAGGGGCGGCAACCGGACUACCGCAAGCGGGCCAUCGCCGACGAGUUCUUCGGCUUCAUGCUGGCCGGCCACGACACGUCGGCCACCACGGUCGCGUGGGGCGUCAAGUUCCUGGCCGACCACCCGGCCGUGCAGGACCGACUCCGGGCCGACCUGCGCGCCGCCAUCCCGGACGCCGCCCUGGCCCGCCGCGCCCCGACGUACCAGGAGCUGUCGCGGGCGCACGUGCCCUACCUCGACGCCGUCGUCGAGGAGGUCCUCCGCCACGCCAACACCAUCGCCUUCGUCGUCCGCCGCGCCAUGCAGGACACCACCGUGCUCGGCCGCCACAUCCCCAAGGGCACCGACGUCUUCCUCAUGGCCAACGGCCCCGGCUACCUCGAGCCCAACAUGCCCGUGCCCGACGAGAUGCGCAGCCCGGGCGCGCGGCGGCAGCACGCGAGUGCUGCUGGCGACAACAGCGGCGGCGGUGCCGACGGCAGCGGCAAGAAGGCGCCGGCGCUGACGGGCGCGUGGGACGACGGCGACAUUGGCGCCUUCAAGCCGGAGCGGUGGCUCAAGCGGGAGGCCGGCGGCGGCGAGGCGUUUGAUCCCAUGGCCGGACCGACCCUCGCCUUUGGGCUCGGCCAUCGCGGCUGCUUCGGCAAGCGCUUUGCCCUGCACGGCCUCAAGAUCCAGUUCGCCCUCAUCGUCUGGCACUUCCACCUCCUCAAGGUCCCCGACGCCCUUAACAGCUACGAGGCCGUACAGCGCUUCGCCCGGGAGCCGACACAGUGCUACGUGCGUCUGAGCACCACCACCAUCUAGUUAAUUAAUAAUUAGUUGUUGGAAGCGGGUGAUUCGAAGAUAGUCGAAAACAAGAGAAAUGAUGAAAGAAGGAAGUGAGGAGGUGGGUUGGAAAUGUCCUAAAAUUAAUUACAUCAUGCGCGCAGUUGA